AUGGGUAUAGGUAUAGUUGCGCCGCCAACCGCCUCGAGGCUCCAUCGCUCUUCGUCGGCGGGCUAUUCAUCGAUGCGAGCCUCGUCGGAGCGGUACUGCCGACAAGCGAGGGAUGGUACGUGGCUGGUGAGCUCAAAGAGCAAUGGCCGCAGUGGUGACGGCACUUGGUCGACAGGCAGAGGUCAUUGCGGCCGUAACGGCACUUGGUCGACAGGAAGACGAGAUCAUCGCGGCCGUGACGGCACUUGGUCGGCAGGCAGACGAGGUCAUUACGGCCGUAACGGCACUUGGUCGGCAGGCAGACGAGAUCAUUGCGGCCGUGACGGCACUUGGUCGACAGGCAGACGAGAUCAUCGCGGCCGUGACGGCACUUGGUCGACAGGCAGACGGGGUCAUCAUGGCCGUACCGACACUACUCCGUCCGCAAGACGGGAAUCCUCGGUGUGCUUUGCUUCGCGCAAUCCCAAGUCGAAAGGCGGAUGCCGAAGAUUGAUCGAAUCGGAGAGCCGGUAA